UCGUCAUCAGGAGUCACCAUGCUCAGGAUUAUAAUAGUGUUUCAGUCGAUCUACUGGAUUCAAGGAGUUGCAGGGACGAAUGAUGUUUCUCAGCCCAGCAUAAUCUCAGUUAAAACGGGCCUAUCAGCCACAAUAAACUGCUCACACACCAAGGGUUUCACUUAUUAUCUGAUGUACUGGUUCCGCCAGUAUCAUGGAGAGAGUAUGGAGCUCAUAGUGCUCACUAAUGCCUUUGGCAGCCCAGACUAUGGAAAUUUUAACCAGAGUAAAUUUUCAGCUAAUAAAACAGUUCCUGAGAGAGGAUCUUUCACAGUGAACGAUGUGGAUUAUAAAGACAGCGCUGUGUAUUUCUGUGCCGUGAGAGAACACAGUGUUAUAACCACAGGGCAGAGCUGUUCUGGUAUUUGUUCUGUCACCCAGAAUCCUCCUGAUCUCAUAAAAAAUCAUGAUGGGUUUGCUGAGAUUAAAUGCGCACACACUAAAGAGAGCUAUAAUGGCAUACUGUGGUACAAACACAGCCAGGACUCAGGAUUCACACUCAUGGGAUACCUUAAUGUAUUAUCUAUAAAGCUAGAGGCAGAAUUUGAAACAAAGGUCGUGUUGAGUGGUGAUGGGACAAACAACGGUUCUAUGACCAUAAACAGUCUUUCAGUGAGCGACAGUGCUGUGUAUUACUGUGCAGCUUAUCACACAGUGCUGUAG